AUGGAUCCCUCACAACGGAAUGCGAGGUCUAGACCUCUCCAAGCAGAUGUUGCUUUGGGAAUACUCGUUAAGUGUGCCAACGACGUCAAAUUUGUUCGCCAUCUGAGUGACGCAGAGAAGCGCCGCGUCGAUGAAGCUGUCGAGAUCCUUAUAUUCGUUCAGACUACAUCAAAACGGAAGAAAUAUAGAACUUUCCUCUAUUCUCUGCUUGCAAAGAAGAUUCCUCAUUUGGUAUUCUUGUCUGCAGUGGCUCUUGGACAGUCUAGAGUUGUAGAUAUGAAGAAGGGCGAACGAAUAAGACUGAUUGGACUUAUGGAGGGGAACCAUCAGCUUCGCGAUACUAUUUUUCGGUCUCUCGCUAUUGACUACAAGGUGCCUCAGUCUAUUGAUGAGCUAGCCAUAUUGGCAAAUGCUAAUAGCGAAAUAUCCUCUGAAACCCGAUGCGUAGCAGGUGUUGAAGAUAGCACUGAAGAGCAAAGAAAUCAAAGACUGCCAUUCAAUCAAGAACUGCCAGCGAUGCUAGCAAAAGAUCAAGCAGAGGGGAUCGAUCACACUCGUAACGCAAACACUGGGAGGCAGAUUCAAUUUAUGUAUUCUAAAUCACCGGCCGACCACAUACCAUAUCUGAGGGACCUUAUCAUUGACGCUGUCCAAACCAGCCGCCAGUGGAAGACAGAGCGAGAAGCAGGGGAGUUAACAACGGAUUGCCUCACGACGAUGAUCCCCGAAGAUGUUAAUGAAGACAUAUCAAUCACAUUGUGGGUGGGACAAAGUGCAGGACUGGCGCUGUUGGACGUGUUGAAAUUACAGCCUACUUGGUCAUCUUUACUAGGACAUCUAGCACUUUAA